AUUUGAAGUCAGGAAAAAUAGUGGGGACGGAGACCAUGCUCCAGGGGAACGAGUCGUCAUGGAAGCUGGAGACGCAGUGUGUUGAGAAACUGCUACAUCGGUUGAAGGACGAGAAAAACCUCAUAAUCGCAGAGGUUGUGCAUGAUGAUUGUGGCGCGGUUGACGUCAUAUUGCGGCGAAUGAACAUUGACUCACAAAAGUGUAUGUGGCAUAAGGCGAAGACUUUGGUCAAACGCUUGCGAGAGGCUGUGCGCGACACGAAGACUGUCAAACCAGUUGCAGUCGGGGCUUGCGAGCAUGUGCGCGAGGUGAAGUGUUUCACAAAGAAGGAGCUCGAACUUUGGCUCGAAUCGAAAUGUGUACGCGUGGCAGGGGUGUCCACAAGAAAAAAAGAUGAACUCGAUGAGAUUGUUUGGGGCGUGCUCUUCCCUGACGAAGCAGGGAAAACAUUGUCAGAUGAUGUCGUCGAGAUCGACGCGUUGCAAACACUGCAUUGCAAUGCGGCGGAGGAGGCGAAGGAGUGGUUGUACGGCUCUUGCAGGCUGAGCGAGCGCGCAAAGGAUGACGAUGGCGAUGUGUUGGUCACGCAUGUGCAACACCUCGUCGAUCAUUGGGCCGGGGAUCACUCCUGUUGCGAUAAGGAGUUGUCCAACCUGUGCAAAGCGGCUGGGGGUCCGGACAGGGAUCCAUUGUACGAGGCGGGGGGGCGUGUUCAUUUCGUCGUCGCGUGCUGUCUUCGACAGUUCGCUUCGAAUACGAAGAUGGCGUACUACACACGUGCGAGGAUGACCUUCAACAACGAGUGCUUCCACUCCGUGAUCAACAAGUACGCAACGAAACGCUUGAACUUCCCCAAGUCGUAUGAGGCGCGCGUGUGUUGCAUCGUUUUGGAGUGGAACAAAAACAAACGAAUCAGCCCUCGGGUCGGAGAUUGGGCACGUAACAUGUUGCAGCAAUCGGACGUCGACGACCCAGUUAUUGAGCAUUAUGAUGAGGAACCCGAUUAUGGACUCCCUGAUGUCGUUGAGAGUGCGGUGAAGGGUGUUGUGGCCGAAGGUGACGAUGUUUACGUUGAGGCGGGAAGCGAAAGUGCUUCAGAUGACGAAAAAUCGUCUUCCGACUCCGACACCGAUGGUGCCGCUCACCGCCUCAACUUUGACGGCGCCGUUUUUUCGCAGGAAGUGUCCGUUGCGCAGGAGUGAUAGUGUCACGUAGUACAUCGAUGCCCAUUGUCGUCGUCAUAAUCAUUAGAAUGUUAUGUCCUCGAUUUGAACUGGUUGUGAAAACUG